GACCCUGGGAACAAGCAGGCAGAGUACAACAUGCACCAGCUGCAAGGGAACAAGCAGUAUGGUACGGAGAAGUUGGGGACACUCUUCAAGAAAAGCAAUGGGUUGAGAAAAGUCUGGCAGAAGAGGAAAUGCACCAUCAGCAACGGCUACCUGACCAUUUCUCACAGCAUGCUCAGCCGCCCACCAGCCAAGCUGAAUUUACUGACCUGCCAGGUGAAGCCGAACUUGGAUGACAAGAAAUGCUUUGAUCUGGUUUCCUACAACUGCACGUACCGCUUCCUGGCAAAGGAUGAGCAGGACUGUGUCGCCUGGGUGUCCGUCCUCAGCAACAGCAAGGAGGAGGCACUGAAUGUGGCCUUCAGCAAGGUGCAGGGUGGAGGGGAAAGCAGCCAGGAGGAGCUGACCCGGGCCAUCAUUGAAGAGGUCAGAUACAUGCCUGGGAACAGGGAGUGCUGCGACUGCUUGGCCCCAGAUCCCACUUGGCUCUCCAUUAACCUGGGCAUCCUUAUCUGCAUCAAGUGCUCUGGAAUUCACAGAGAGAUGGGUGUGCAUCUCUCCCGCAUUCAGUCAUUGUCUCUGGACAAGCUGGCAACCUCUGAAUUGCUGCUGGCAAGAAAUAUCAGCAACUCUGGCUUCAAUGACAUCAUGGAAGCAAACCUUCCCAGCUUUUCGCUGAAGCCCACAGUUCACAGUGACAUGGCCUUUUGGAAAAAAAUCAGCAUUUCCAAGUAUGUUGAGAAGAAAUAUGCCAAGAAGAUCCCUGCUGCUCAGUGGUCUGGCCUCGCAGAAGCUGUCAAGGACAAGGACGUAUUUUCUUUGCUCCAAGCAUAUGUGGAGAAUGUGGAUUUGAGCGAGCCUGUGCUGGCACCUCUGCAGGAACCUGGGGAGACCAUUCUCCACCUGGCAGUGCUGUUGUCUGAUCGAACUUCUUUGCAUAUCGUUGAUUUUCUUAUCCAGAACAGCAGGAGCCUGGCAAAGCGGACGGCAGAGGGGAACACGCCACUUCACUAUUGCUGCUCUCACAACAAACCUGAGUGUGUCAAACUGCUGCUGAAGGCCAAAGCCAACAUUGCCAUCACUAAUGAAGUGGGAGAUGUUGCCAGGAGGAUGAGACAUCCCCUGUGUGAAGAGCUGCUGCUGCAGGCCCAGAGCAAUCAGUUCAACCCCAAUGUCCACGUGGAGUAUGAGUGGCAGCUGGGCCAAGACGACAUGUAUGAGAGUGAUGAAGACCUGGAUGAGAAGCUGGGUCCUGUGAAGAGGGUGUCUGCCUGUCCCCAGAGCUGCUACCACCCCCCUGCUGCUGCCCGCAGGCUGGAGGCAGCAUGGGCAGUGCCCUGGUGGGCAUGGCUGGACACCUGCCCCCCGCCAGCUGCCCACCUCUGCAGCCUGGAUGUGCCGCCACCCCCCUCCUACACACCUCCAUUCCUGCCCCAGCGGGCAAAGCCAGCUGUCCAGGGGACAUAUCCACCUUUCCUUACCAGCUCAUCCAUCUUUGCUGAGGACACAAGAAGCAGGAGGAGCCCACCCCUGCCGCUGAGCAUCAAGCACAAGCGCACAUCCUCAGAGUGGGCGCCUUGGGUACCACUUAGCCCUGACCAGCCCAGCCUGCCUAGCCUGGAUUCAGGUGCCCUGAGAGCCAUGCAACCCCUCUGCAUGCCUGGCCCCAGCAAAGUGGGACAGCCUGGCCCACACCGAUCCCUCCAGGAGCCAGAUCCAUGUUCUGGCCAUGCCCGGGAUGUCCCACCUCUUCUUCCUCGGAAGUACCCCACUGGUAGACUGCUGCUCCGCAGGGUCCGCGCUCUCUAUGACUGUGAUGCUGACCAGGAAGAUGAGCUGACUUUCCACACAGGCGAGAUCGUUGUGGUGUCUGAAAAGGAGGACAGCAACUGGUGGAAAGGGUGGAUUGAAGGACAGCCUCACAGGCAAGGUGUCUUACCCGCUUCAUUUGUUCACGUGCUCAGUGAGUAG